AGUUGACGGACAAUACGGAAGUAGACGCUGCAGUCAGAAGGGAAAUACGUCAAAGUGCAAUUUCGCGCGGUUCUUUUUCACUCCUUCACGUUCGCGGAAUUUCACAGCAAACACAAGUUUAAACUGUAAAGCGUGUAAAAUGACGGGUGUGUUCGAGUCUCCAAAACCCAGAAUAAACGCGUCGAUGCUCUCUCAGCACGUGAGCCGCCCGGUGUGUUUCGUAGGGCGCGUGGAAAAGGUUCAUCCAACUGGCAAAUCAUUCACGUUGACAGACGGAGAGGGAAAGAAUGCAUCCGUGGAACUUAAUGAUCCACUGGAAGAAGAGUUGAGCGGAAUAGUGGAAGUUGUCGGAAUGGUGUCGAAUAAAGGAACCAUCAUGGCUGCGUCGUACAGCAUGUUCAGAGAGGAGAAAGGAAUUUCAUUUGAUUUGGAGCUGUAUAACGAGGCUCUGAAAGUCCUUCACGAUUUUCCUCAGUAUUACCCGUUCGAGGUGUCAUCGAGCGGAUAAAAAAAAGCAACACACUGCGUUAUUUCUUUGUCUCUGUGAUUUUUUUUCACCUCUCUUUUAUUGUGUAUGUAGUUUUCUUUCCCUUGUAAAUAAUCUAAAGCAGUUGACAGCUGAAAGCUGUUAAUUUGGUUACUUAAAGAAAUAAAAAUCUCAGUCAGGA